GGUGUAUUAACACGUUAUGUUAAGUUGGUCGCAGCGUCAGAUAAUUCGGCAGAGACAGCAGUUCGUGUGUUAAUAGAUGAAUGGAUAACACAGUUGGACAUAUCCGAAGUGAUUGGUAGCGAAUGAGGACCCCACUUUACUGCGACCGUCUUCGAAGCUACUUGCAAGGAGCUUGGCAUCGAACAUGCGCUAGGAAGUUCCGAGCAUCCGCAGUCACAAGCACAAGUUGAGCAACAAAACCAGCUCUUUGCUAAUAUUAGAGCGGUAUGUAAUAGGAAUCCCUCAAGUUGUCCAAAAGCGAUGCACACAGUGACGUUUGCCCAUAACACUUCAGUAACAGAUCCCCUGGGAUAUCACCGUACCGCACGAACUGGUUUUCAAACAACAAGCGAGACGACCGGAAACAUUCUUCUUACCUGAAGAUUCUGCCGGCUCAGAUGAAGAGUGGAGACCGGAAGACGUGAAACGGUGUGCAGUCGCAGCUCAGGCACGAUCUGAUGCCAAGAAGUUGGAUGAUGUUUUUCAACUGGUGAAGCGCAAGAUUUCUUUGGAACAGGACAAACAUAAGAAGAGAACAAAAACGGCAAUGAAACGGCCAUUCGAGAUUGAGGAAGGAGUUCGAACUCCUCUCACAGCUACAGAACGGAACAAACUAGGCGGUAAAAAGCUGGUAGAUUUAAAGAGUAAACGAUUCAUAGUAUUAGAGCGCCACGGCAACACUUACAAGCUGCAACAGGAAAAUAACCCUACCGGACGUGUAAAACCAAGGCAUUUUAACGAGCUGGAGCCAACAAGUCCUUUCAUGGGAAACUGAAGAGUCAGAUGACCAAGCAGACAACUAUGAGACAAGCAGCGAUUCAGAAGGUGAACCACAACCAUCAAGACGCAGCGCUAGAGGAGACAACCAACCAAACGUCUUCAGGUAGAUUGGCAUGAACAACAAUACGAACAGCGCGAACCAAUGGAAAUAAACGAUGAAUUGUUGGACUGAACAUUUAUUAAUAUUAGUAACUUUGAAAUUUUCUGUUAUAUAUGUUUGAGGGGAGGGGAGGGGAGGGGAGUGUGAGCGCCUGCGAGAUGUUGACCAGCACUAUUCCCAACAGUCGCCAUAUUGUUUUUGACGUACGUUGUAAACACGUUGUGUUAUACUCUUAAAUUGUGAAAAGGUAAACUAUAACGUUUGCUAUUUAUACGAGCGACUAUCACAAAAUAAUAUGUUGUAUUUGCACUAUCCUUGGGAUCUCUAGUUGCAUAUUCAAAUGACGAUUGAACAGUUGAAUACUUUGAUAUGCAUAUUCUAAUUCUUCCAGUCUCAGCUACAUGCAAUUUAUCUCGAUCGACGCAGAACGCGUCAUUUGGAUGCGCAGUCGAGACUCUGAAUGGCAUUAUUUAAAUACCGACUCUAAAACUAAAGCCCUGGCCAAACUAGGAAACAUUGUUGUGGAAACAUUUGUGAUUCUCGAUGUUUCCUCAAAUGUUUCCAUGUUUGCUCACCCGUGGAAACAUUGUUGCGGAAACAAAAUUUGCUUCCCGGGAAGCAAAAAUGUUUCCUACCGAAUUCGGAAACAUUUGAUGUUUCCCUAUGUUUCUCACUAAUGCCGUUUCCUAGUGUUUGCCCACUCUGGGAAACAUGGCGAAACAUUGGCAGGAAACAAUGUUUCCGCAACAAUGUUUCCUAGUUUGCCCAGGGCUUAAGGCUUGGUUCAAACGUCGCAUUUUGCAUGUAUCGGAUACAAUUCGCAUUAGAUUCGAGCGAACUACAUGAAAAUAUUCGACACCUGUUUUAAAUUAAACAUCGAAUUUUGCACAUGUUGAGUUCACACAUUUUGCACAUUCGGCCUGGAAUGACGUAAAGCUUUAGAUAAAAAAAAACUCGUAAAAAGAAUAGUAAGGUUAAAAUAGGCAAUAUUUAAAGAGUUUACGGAGAAUAUACCCAAGUUCGUUCAAAGUACAUCUUUCAGAGGAAAGUAUGAAAGCAUAUGUGAUGAAUCUAUUACAAACAACUGCAAAAGUGUCUUAUGGUACUGUACUCAGAAAUUUAAGAAUGUCAUAAGAAUAUUUGACUAUAAGCCUAAAUUUGUCGGGAAAAUAGAAAUAUCGAAAGAUUUAUCUUCUUCUGAAGUGGCAACAUGUGACAUUUCAAGUCUUUAAAAAGCCACGCCCAACCGAAUUAAAUUCGACACAUGCAAGAUGCGACGUCUAAAACAAGCCUAACACUCUCACUUGUUAUACGUCUUGGUUAUACCCAGAAAUAACCAUAUUUGGGGUUAAUACCACCUAGCAUAGUCUGAUUAAAACUAGUAUAUCCUGGUCAAAUUAACCCGACUAUAGGUUAAACUCCCUAGGAACAAGAUAAAAAUAACCUGGAAAAUUAACCAGCAAUAUUAAGUAAAGAACAUUUUACACAGAUUGUUUUUAGAGUGUUAAGCCCUGGUCAAACGAAAAUGAGAGUUGAUGAGAGUUAACAGUCACGAACAUUGAGCUCCAUAUAUAUCUGGAGCAUUUCUCAUUCGGCCUAUGAGAAAAGUGCAGCCAAGAUGGCGGCCAUUGACGUCCAAUAGCUCUGAAGGUCGUAAACAGCUUUUAAAGCAAUUUCCCCAACUUUUUCUUUUUCUCCUUGGCAAGAUGGCGGAAAUCGAAGGAGCUAUUCUUUGUUUGCAUUGACGUAAUUUUGGGAUUUCAAUUCGGUAUAACAAAAAACGGCUAUUUCAAUGUAUUGAUCGAGUUUAGAGACAGUUUAAGUCUUUAAGACUCAAAAGAUGAAUUACCGCUCAGUUUUUCUUGCUACAACCAUUCUGAUAGGAGAAAAAUAGUCCACAAGUUGUUUGAUUGCCCGUCAUUUGAAUGAAAAGUCACGCGAUUGCAAACAAAGAAUUAGACGUCAGUUCCAGUUCCUUUUUAUUGUUUUUGUCUGCGCGGUUAACACGGACUUGAGUUCUCACUCCAGACAUGUGGAGCUCACUGGUGACGAAUUGUUACAGGGGACAUUUCAAGCUCUAAAUCACAGAAUAGGAAGGUAUAGCAGAAGCGUAACUCAAGCAAGUAUUUGUCCGCGUUUUUACAAGCAAUUCGUCAUCAAUCACGCCAUCCUGACUAGUACAACCGGCACUUUGUACCUACCAAAUCCUGAUCAUAACGUCCGGCUGUACUAGCCAGGAUGGCGUGGCCUGGCGUGAGCGAGUUAAAAUUUUCGUGGACGUAAAACAAUAAGGGAAUCGACUCGAGUUACACUUCUGCUAUACCUUCUUAUUCUUGUGUCUAAAUUAACAAAAUAAAGGUUCAUAAAGGUUCAAUGAGUGUCCGACUACAUUUCAAAGUAAACAAAGUGCAUGAUCGUGUCGGGAAAGCAUUAAGAACAACGAACCAAGGUCGCGUGACUGCCAAGUCUCAUGCACUCUCGUCUUUGUUUCAUCCGGUCUUAAACGUGGUUUUCAAAAAGGACGUGCUGUAAGCAUGCACAGCGAACGUCUAUUAAAUAGGUGGAUGCAGUCUCUCAGAUAUCGCCUUGAUGGUUUAUUUCCAGGCAGAAUGAUACGGGUUACACGCCGUUUAUGGAAGUAGCUAAACAAGGAAAUGAAGGAGUUUUUGGUGCAUUUCUAGAACAUGUAAGUUGUAUUUGUUGCAUUGCUGCUAACUAGAAAGUUUACGUACUAUUUCAAACACGCGUAGAUAUCAGUGGCGUAUAGCCAGCCCGACGAUUUGGUCCCGCUAUGUAAAUUUCUUCUCAUCAUUAUUCAUUUCUUUAGAAAUUGAUUAUGUUGAUAGUUUAUAAACAUGGCAAUAUUUGCAUAGCGGGACUGAAUCGUCGGGCUGGCUACGCUACUGGUAGAUACGAUAAAUCACGACUACAAGUGUUUUGAAUAGCUUCAAACACGAUUUUAGUACUAUUCUUUAUAUAAAGAAUACUAAUUAUAAUGCACUUUUAUAUAAAGAAUGAAGAUGAGUUUUAAAGCCUCUUCACGUGACAUAUUACAGCAUGAGCUCUACCUUUGAAUUUACAACACGAGUGAAUUGUUAAACACGUCCGAAAUUAUCAAUACAAUAAUUCGCGACACAUGUUGAAUCUUAAUCUAACCCUAAUCUAAUCUUUAUCUGACACUAAUCUAAACUUGAUGACCUUUUUUUAAUGAUCUAAAAAUGCAAAAUUUCAAGUUUACUUUUCACCAAAAUAAACUAUACCAUAAGAAAGAUCGCAAAAAGCAUAUGUAUAAGACAUUUUAGCGAGUUGUGCGAAUUUUCAAGUCGGUUUUGAGUUAAAGGUUUUUGCGAACUUUGUAAUGGUACAGUUUAUUUUUGUGAACGAGAACUUGAAAUUUUGCAUUUUUGUCAUUAUAGUACUUUUCAUAGGCAAAGUUUUAAGAUUCAACAAAGCCAGGAUCAGAGUUGCCAACAUAUCUAAUCUUCUUCAUUAAUGCAUAUACUCUAUGACUAUGUUGUUUUACAACCUAGUUUACAAAAGAUGUUGCCAACUUCACUCUCAACGACAAGAACUAUAGGCAAUUCCAGCUUUUAAUUUAUGCGCGCAGGGGGUGACGGGAAGUAAGGUGUCAUAUUGCUGAUUAGGCUGAAAAUUUUCAAUAAAAACAGCCGAAACAACCGAAAUAUUUCAAUAUUUACAAGUAAAAGCUGCCACUCUGUGUUUACACAGCCACCAUUUUUAUUUUUUCAGCAUAAUCAGCAAUAUGAUACCUUACUUCCCAUCCCCCUGCACGCAUAAACUAAAAGCUGGAAUUGCCUAUUCUCACAUUAAAAACCAUUAUUAUUCAAAAGGCCGAACUGUGCUUUAAGCAAGUACGUACUGCAAUGUUUUACUGAAAAUACUGUACAUUUCACUUUUAGAGAAUCGACUUAGACCUCGUAUGUAACAAAGGUUACACAGCUCGGGACUUGGCGGAACGAUAUAAUACAACUAAUGUUAUUAUAAAUAUGAUUGAUAAUCAUUGCAUCAGGUUUCCAUCACUCAGAAAUGAUGCAGGUACAGUAAACAUAGGCAUACGAGACAACGGGGCGGGGGGGGGGGGACAUAUGUAUGCCGAAAUGUCAGUUUCCUUUUCCUUCUUCAGAUUUGAGCGAUUUAUGUACAGGUAUGGAUAAACAACCGUGUCAAAAAGUUAAUAAGUGGUUGAAAGAUAAUAAUCCACAUCACUUUUUUGAUGAUAUCCUCCUUUCAAGCCAAUUGUAAGUAAACUUUUCUGUAUGUUGAUUUUUAUUGCGGGCGUGAUUUCCAGAAUACACAUAUAGUACCCUAUACUAGAAUGGAGUAUGGUGUGGUCUGCAGGAGGUACGCCACUAGCGACCUUAAAGGCCUGUCUACAUUUGCGAUUUUGUUCUUCUGAUGGAUGUGAACGAGUAGAUGAGUUAUGAAUGUUCUGAGUGUAUGUAUCUUCAUCUGAACAUUGAUAACUCAUCUAGAUAUUCGAGUAUUCGUUCACAUCCAUCAGAAGAAGAGAAUCGGUAAACGGCCCCCUUACUUCUGAUUAGCGUUUACAGCAAACCACUAACGGCAAACUUCAACUCGCAUUUAAAGAUAUGUUUUUGACAACUAAGUAGCUAACCAUGUAACAAGUUGUUCUAACCUCGAACAACUAACUGUUACAACUAACUGUUGAGCUCAAUAUACGAUUUGAAGGCCGUUUGCGGCUAGCAGUCUGCCGUACACGUCUAUUUUAAUUAAGAUCUUUAAUAUUACGGCCUAGGCUUGUUUGCUUACACGGGGCUCUCGCUAUCUGCGCACUUACAUUUUGCUCGUACUUUCUCAAGGGAAAGAGCCUGGGUACGAGGUUGUCUCAAGGUUUGGGAUACGCGGGUAUUUCGCACAAUAUCUGGGGGGGGGGGGGAUUUCUGUUGCCACAAUUUUGUUGCUGCAGAUCUCAGUUCUAUAGACUUUUAGCCUUAAAUUUCAUACAAAUUUGCUUUAUAAUAAUUUAUAGCCUACAAUUGCUUUCAUUGUUGUAAAAUCGUUGAUACAGCUUUGUUACACAGUUUAUCUGCGGGCGGUCGUCCCCCAUGGGUGACCGCCACUUGUCUUACUUUCACCCGUCGUGAUAUUCACACCCAUUUUCAAAUGUUUAUCCACAUUGAAGAUUGGUUAAUGUUUCUUCCCUAAUUCUAAGGUCCGAAGUGCAGCAGUCCAGUGCAAUUGCAAUCGAUGGCGAAUUCAGAACAGCUGUUGGGGAUAGCUUUGUGUUAUCAGCAGGUGGUAAGUUUAAUCUAAAGAUGUGGUACCCAGAUUCGCAAUUUAACACUCUACAUACCUUUGAAUUAAAGAUCGCGCGUAUACUAUUAGAGAGAUUAAGAUACCCCGGUUUUCGUGUACGUGUACGUGUACGGGUACGGGUAGCAUGAUUUUGGUAAGCAAUAUUUUCGUCGAUGUCUGUAGCUUUACUCGUAAUUAAGGUGCACAUUUAUCGCAUUACUAUCAUUGUCUAUUGCAAGAAAACAGAAAAAGUAUGAUCGAAUUACAGACAUCAGUAUGACACUACUCGUACCCGUACAUCGAACGAAACCGGGGUAUCUUAACCUCUCUAUUAACACGUGUGUUCACGAUCUUGUUCAAUAUUUUUCUUGUCUUGUGAAAAAACGCACUGUGGGAAAAAUUCCCCCUCCACGCUAUGGGAAAAAUGAUUUCUCGUCAUAAAUGUAACCCAAAUAAAUUCAUUUUUACUGCACUGAAACUGUGAAACUGCUGAUGGGUAAUUGAGCCGUUCAACGGGAAUUAUGGAAAUUAAUUCCACUUGUAAUAAAUUGUUAGCAGUUCUACUUAGUUAAUUAAUGAUUAAUUAACUAAUGUAUUAAUUCUUAGUAAUUAAUUAAUCAAUGAUUAAUUUGUAAUGAAUUGGUAAUAAUUAAUUGCUUACAUCAUGAACAAUAUACUUAAUUAUUAUUAGAAAUGAAGCAAAGGAAAUGAAAUCACCGCAAGUAGACCAGAAAUUUCUGAACAAUUGCCUCACUUGGAGCUCGGAACUUUCCUGUGUUACUUGUGGUGAUUUCAACUUCUCAACUAAUCGUAAUUAAUUAAUUUUUAAAAGUUAUAAUUGAUUGUCUUUUGCAGAUUCGACUAUUGUUGAUUAUGACAGAACUCCUGUUGGGACACCAGUAGACAGUAUUUUUCACCAGUAUGUUGUGUGAUUUCAUUAUUAACUAAUUGGUUAACUUUACCAUGCUUGUGAGUUUGCGAGUAAAUUGAUGACCUGGUGAUUAUCACUGUGCUCAUCAAAUCCAUAUUAUAUUAUUAGUUUAAUACGGCGCGAUGUUGUAGUGGACCUUUGCAUAACACUUGCAAAAGAAUUCUUGGGUUUCAAUCACGUGAUAUUUUAGCAUAAUUUGACUCAAGUAUUGGGUCAAUCAUUGAACUGAAGUCAACUAAAACAACAAAGAAACAAAAUGGCUGUCAACGCAUCUUAUGUAAACGAGUUCUCCGACUAUUAUAAAAGCCAAUAUAAAUAAUAUAAUACCCAUCCUGUACCCUUGACAAUAAGGUCUAUUUUACAAAUAAUAGCCUGACACAAACCUUAAACCGAUCGCUUUCCACCCACAACAAAGUUUAUAUUUAGUAUCCAAUCAAAAUGUCGCAGGAGAAAUUUAAAUUUCACACAAUGACAACAACAAUGUAAUUUUUGUUGUGAUCACUAUAAAAUAUAUCAACAACAAUAGUAUAAUAUAAUUAGCACCAACCAAUCAAAUGACAGAUUAAAAAAUCUUUUGUCUAAUAGACCAAUCAGAUUUACAAGCGUAAUACGGUUGUAACGGCAUGGACUUUUGUUAAGAUUUGUAUCAGGCUUAUUUAUUUAUUUAUAGGCCUGAUCGCAGGUUACCUUGACACAGAACCCUUGAUCCCUCACGUGACGUCAUAUGAAACCCGCGAAUAGUGAUCAGAAUGUUCUAUUGUCUUUUCUUUAUUUUGAAUAUCUCGCCAUGUCCACGCCAUCAAGACACUCGUUGUUAGGGCCGUAGCGAAGAGGCUAAAGAAGGUGGGGUGGGGUGGGCUACAACAUUUCAGUCGCUAAUUAAUAUUUUUUCCCGAAAUGUUGGCAAGCGGGGGGGGGGGUGUCGAAAAUGUUUCCGGACAUACCAUUUUUCACAAACUUUUCCAUUAAUGUAUCCCUAUUUGCUAACUUUUUCCGUAAUUUUCGUAAAUUUAGCAACGUUUUUGCUAUAACUAUUACUUUUUAUUCCGAGCCGCUCAGAUAUUUUCGCUGACUACGAAGACAAUUUGCCGAUAAAUCCGAAAACGAUUUGCCGAGUCAACCAGACAUUUGCCAUUUGCCUACGCCCCUGCUCGUUAUUUUGCUAAUUGCUACUCCAAAACUUGCUGUAUUAUACAUGACAGUCAUUGAACCAUCCACUGGCUAAUCGAAACGUUAGGACAACGAGCUUUCACUAGUAAAAACAGUAGACGUACUCGGCUGACGCAUGUUGCCAACCAAUUUACAUACUUGAUAACUCACAUGAUUGGACGUUGAAUUUCCGCAGAAUUUAAUUUGUUGAAAUUUAAUAUUGGUGAAUAUUUGUUUAUUUGGUACAACACAUCAAUUGCAACAUUACCGAAGUAUUCUAUGGCCUUCGAUGACACUCUCCUAUAGUUAAAUACGAAGGCUCUCCUAUAGUUAAAUACGAAGACUCUCCUAUAGUUAAAUACGAAGGCUAGUUGUAAUUAUUUUGUUAAACACGUACGCGUUAUGCAUGCAGGUAAUUGGUGUGUGGGCAUACCCGGAAAUUGCACAGAAAAAUGGUCAUGUCGCUGACCAUUCAUUUGCAUGAUAUUGUGGGCUCAGACAAGAAAUUUCCAGCGCUUUUUGUUUUGCUCUAUUUCGACUUAUUUGUGGCGAAAUAAGGCUCACAUUGUAAGUUGAGUCACCAAAUAUUUUUUCUUGGGCCUUUAACCUUCUCUUAUUAAAUCUCUAAAUUCUACCAAAUGAAUGAAUCAAAAACUUGCCGACUUUAUCUUGAAAUAACUUUGCAGUUUUCCUCAUUAAUUUUCAGUACACGUCAGCGUGUACAUUCUAAGCUUUCAAUUUAUGGCCGCAAUUUCUGAUCGUGUCUAUGAUGUGAAAAUUAUUACUUUUUAGAAGUCACGAUCACGUCUAAUUAAAGAUAUAUUUUUGUGAUCAUUUUAGAUACAUGACUCGUGACAUGGAGAGACGUUCCCCUCAUGAACCUCCUACACUACAAACAUUUUUAACAGAUUUAGGUCUUGAAAAAUAUUUGAAACUGUUUGAAGAUGCGUGUAUUGACUUUAAUAUACUUCUUCGUUUAACGGAAGAAGAUCUUAGAGAGCUUGGUAUAGUAGUGUAAGUGAGGUAUUGUGUUAUUUCAUUUUUACUCAUCACAGCUUCGGUCCGAGGGGCGGAUCACUCCAAAAGUUUCGUACACUUUGACAACUGGCCUCUACAGGGUGUAUCAAAAUAAACGCAAUUCAUCUUUUGUGCUUAAUAACUUUCGAAAUACUAUAUCUAGUUAAACGCUUUUGGGCUUACUUCAAAGCCUGUUCUUUUCUCUUUGAAACAAACUAUUAUCCUUGUCUCCAAUGCUAGUAAUAAUUGCACAGGAAAAGAUUUAGUAAAACCUAUCAUUUUUAGUUGCUGUUUAAUUAUGCAAGUUUACUAUGUUAUUGUUUAGUCGGUUUAAAUGUUAGAAUUUUCUUCUUUAAACUUUAAUGUUAUCGUCACUACAUCUGGAAAACCACGUAAGAACAAAUUAAAAGUAUUUUAAAAGAGACCAGGUUGUUUGAAAAUCCUAAACGAAUGCUAAAAAUCGUCAAAACAUUCUGGUGUCUGAGCCAGACUGUCAUCGAAUUGCGAUGUAAUGUAAUGUAAACAGAAAUUGUAGCAAGUUGAUGUCAGUCAGCUUAGAUGGUCCAAGCCAAAAUUAUAUCGCAUUUGAAGUUUCAAACUGAGUUAAAAUAGUGGAAGAAAAGCCGUAAUUAUACUUAUUGUUACAAUCCAUUUAAUAAAAUGCAACAUUUUUUUGUUUUAAUGAAAAAAUCAGUUAUUUUCAUGAGAACGAUUUGUUAUUCCAUUUCAAUUUUUUUAAUCUCCAAUCGCAAUAACGUAAAGUAUUAUUACCCGCGAACCAAUGAGUCAAAUUUAAGAAACAACCCACUGUUAGAAAGCUGAAUGGCUACGCUUUAAAAUGAAUGUAAACUUUAACAUUUUCGUCUAUUAUUUGUUUAGCAAUUUACAUUUCAGUCGAGGAUUGCGCUUUUCUUGAUCCACCCUGUAUAGCUCACAGUUGGUUAGAGCGCUGUACCGGAAUCGCAGUGGCCGCAGGUUCGAUUCCUGACAGAGGGCCUAUGUAUAGUUUAGCGCAUUUGUCGCAACUGUUCCUGCUUAGGUCUCAUAAAUGUAUAAAGUAUUCGAAAGUCCCCAAAUAUAAUAUGCUUUCCAAUUCAAAAAAUAAUAAAAUAUACUCUUGAAAUGUAAAAUAUAGGCCGGAAUUAGCCUUUCUCACGAUGACGAAUAUCCACCAUUUAUGGGUGGCAUCUAAUUCUCGUUAACCAAUGCGGACAAAACAAUGUGAAAAGCAAUUUUUCAAAAUAAACUAACCAUUUACAAAGCAAGUUUAUCAUAAUUCGUCAAACAAUUAUAAAAGGUGGCUGUUAUGUGCACUUAUCUCGCAGACUUCAGCUGAAAUACCACCCAAAAAUGGCGGCACGAGAAAGGCUACAUGAAUCCCUCUAUAGCUCAAUGAGUAGGGCGGCGGUCUAGAAACCAGAAGAUUCGAGUUUGAGUCCAGCUCGAGACAACGAAUGUUUUCUUUCUAUUCUGCAGUGUCAGAAUAAAUAUGAAACUAGUUUUUCAUAUCUCUGAUGAUGGUUUUGAAAUGUACAAGCUAUUUUGGCUGAUUUUCUGUCUUUAGACUUGGUCCAAGGAGAAAACUGAAAAUAGCAAUAGACCAAUGGAAGAACGAUACAGGAUGGGUACAUGUCUAAUAUUUCUGUAUAUUUUUGUACUUUUGGUGUACACCGGCUGUCAAUUAUGUAGCCGUUAUCCGCCUGGCACUUUCCCUGUGUUACAAAGUAUCAUGAAUCCCGCCAUCUUUUCAGUGAAUUACACAUAUAACGAUUAGGAAUGUUGUAUGUUUGUGAUAUUCGUGAUCAGAGCAUUUUAAAACGAGAUGCAAUAUUUUCUUAGAGAAAAACGCAAUCUUCUUCGUUUUCUUUGCGGCAUAUUGCAACUAUAUGCUUAAACUUAAAUUAUUAAAGCUACUGGAAGGUAUAUAGCUUUAAUACGGCAAAGCAAAUCAGUUUAAUAAGGACGUUUAAUAAGGCAAUAUGCAAAAAUCAGUUUUCUUAGAAAAAAGCCUUAUUUUACGUCACUUUCGGUAGCUCUGACAGCCAGGAAGGUCAUGAAGAUGAAAUUUUUCAUCAAUAUCACAAGUAUAUAAAGUUCUCAAUCAUUAUAUGUGCACUUUAAUUAGAAAUAAAAUUUAUUUCUAUUUUAGUCGAAAAGAUAUGGAAAAUCGACGUUACCGGAAGUCAGUAAUCCUCAACUGCAGUUAUCAGAUGUAAGUGGCCGCAUGGUCAUAUCGUAGUAGACUCCGGACUCGACUUCGGACUUCACCAGGAAACGGUGGUUAUGAUUAACGUGAUUAAUUGAUUAUGAUUUUCCAACACUACCAUGUGUUCUAUUUAAGUUAAAACAUAGUAUAAUAUAGCAUUUGUAAAUUCUGAACACGGAAAAUUUCUUUCUAUAUAUUUCUUUGUGCUAUAUUAUAAAAAAAAUAUUAAAAGAUUUUCCGUAUUGAUAUACAGUUAUACCAACACUCGUGGAAAUUGGGAAAACUCGAAAUUGUGGGAAAACACUCCGCCCUCGGGCGUCGUGUUUCCACACAAUUUCUCGUUUUCCCAAUUUCCGCUCGUGUUGAUAUAACUGUAUGUAAACAUGGAAAAUACUUUAUAUAGAGAGGAUACCUUACACGGCGGCGCGAAGAUAUGACUUUUAUCUUCGAGUGGUGAAAAAUUGUUUUUAACACGAGAAGAUAAAAGUCAUAUCUUCAAGCCACCGUGUAAAUAGUCCCAUGCAAAAACUUGUGAAAUUUCACGCUCAAAAGCAAAUUGUGACGUGAUCAAUAUCUUCACUAGUGAAGAUAUGGAAAAUAUCUCACUGUGUAUUUUUCAGUAUCUCACUCUCUACUAGACAGGGUGUAUAAAAAAAGUAAUCGAACUUCAGCGCGCCAUUGUACGUGAAUUACUCGGCGUAUGAACCAUUUUUUUUCAUAUUCGGAAAGAUCAGGCUUUUAGCUACUGAAUGACAUGUUUUGCAUGCCAAGUGAAGAAAAAAUAAGCAAGUGCGAGUCCGAUCAAAAAUGUUAAUCAAAAUCCAUAUUUUCACUUCUGUGCCUAAUUAAAGCCCCGUUUACACUAUACUCAAUUUUUGGUACCGUACCACUUUUUGGUUCUUGGACUACCUUGGUACCAAUUUUAUCCGUGCCGUACCAAAAAUUGAGCGUAGUGUAAACGGCGCUUUAAACAAUGCAUAACAAAAGAAAAAGCAAUUAAUCACGAACGUGUCGUAGCUUAGCUAAGUUUAUUCCUACUUAACUAAUAAUUAUGAAUAUGUGCGUAGUUUAUUGAAAUGAAAUUCAUCAACUUAAGUACUAAAGGGGGUUAAUUUUCAAUGGUUUUAUACCCAACUCUCAACAGUGAAAAUAUGCGAUUCUGACUAUAAUUUUUUAUCGGAUUCGCAUGUGCUCAUUUUUUACCCAUUUUGUAUGAAGUCCGGAAAGAUCAUGCUUUUAGCUGUUGAAUGAUAUCUUCUUCAUUAUGAAGAAGAUAUCAUUCAACAGCUGAAACCAUGAUCUUUCCGAAUAUGAAAAAAUUUCGUUCAUACGCAGAGUAAUUCGGAUAAUAAUAGCGCGCUGAAGUUCGAUUACCUUUUUUUCGAUACACCCUGUAUAAUAAUUGUUAAAUAUUACAUAUAAUUUUAGGUAUAUCAGGCUAAACUACAACAUGUUACUGCGGAUCUCGUACGCGAGAGAGAAGCUCGAGCCUUGUUAGAAGCAGACCAGAUGGAAGGAAGAGCUAGGAGAAAUCACAUGUAUUUUAUUGGGGAGAAAGUACUUCGUGCUUGUAAAGAAUUACAAAGUACAAAUAAAACAUUAAAGUAUGUAUUCCAGUUAAAAUAGUGAUUGAACCACCGGCCCCUGGUUGAAAGCGACAAUAACCUCGUUAUCGUGUAACGACAUCCAGUUAACAAUCAACCAAUCUUGACACGUGACCAGUUUUGAGAUAAACCAAUAAGAUAACUUAUUUGUGAAUUAUUCAGUCAGUAUCUGAGCCUAGUUUAAACCGAUUGGCGCGGUGCGAUCAAUCAAUUGUCGCUUUCAUCCAGAGGCUUAUAUUUUCCUUGUGUUUGUCUAAUAUUAUACAGCUAUUUACCUAGGCCUUCUAUUUUUAUUAUUUUUUUAAUAUUUAAGGUUGUCCACGAGCAAAGCGGAAAAGUCGAAUACGAGCGCGAAAGGCUGCUGGGAAUCGCUAACAAAUUAAUGAAUUUUCAAAGCGAUUCCCAGCAGCCUUUCGCGCCCGUAUUCGACUUUUCCGCUUUGCUCGUGGACAACCUUAAUUGAAAUAGCUGUAUACAAAUGCACAUCUGCCUUUAGUCUUUUUUUAUUACUCUGGUUCCCCGAGAACAAUAGAUGAUUAAAAACUAACCAAGAGCAAACUGAAUGAGCCCACGAUGACAUGGAAUGAAUGCUCAGAGGCAUAGCCAUUUUCUGUCUAAUUUCCGGUCGUGUGUGGUUGAUAAUAGGGAGAGGACAAGUGGGAGAAAAUAAUAUUCGCAGAUUUUAAAAAUAAAUUUGAAGUAAUAUAAAGUAUAUAAAGCCCAUAAUAUGCAGCAAAUAGAGGACAGGAGUUUGUAAAUUUAAUGUAAUAUAAAUGAAAAUCCCAUGCACUCAUUAAGCAUGAAGUAAUCGAUAUUUAUUAACAUUUUGUAGAAGACAUGUCGAAACGUUGAACACAUUAGUAAAUGAGACUAAGAAAGAAGACUUAAAGUCAAGAUUGAAAGAACUACAUAAACAGAUGAGUGAAGAUACUUCAAAUGCAGAAAAUAUUACAGAGACGAUCGUACGUAGGGUAGAAAAGUUAAUAUGCGAUGACGGAACGGAAAUCUCCAGCAGUUCAGGCUCUCCAGAGUCCUCGUGUACUUCAUUUAGUAAAUCUGAAAGUGGAUCAGGUUUAUAUAUAGAAUAGGAAAUUUAGGUUUAGCUAGAAAUUUUAUGCAAUAAAAAUAAUAUCACUUUUUAGUGAUUUUGCACAAGUGAACAUAAUAAAUCCUACAACCUGAUUGGUCAAAUUUGACGUAUUAUGCUGUUAUAUUCACCUACAGGGACCGAUUGUUCAAAGGUGGAUUAGCGCUAAUCCAGGUUUAAAAUUUAACCCACUGUUUUAGUUUGCAUAUUUCUGCAUGUCCAUUUAUUUCAAAAUGUCAGAAAAGCGAACUUGUAUUGAUCCAGACAUGGUUUGUGAAGAAAUAUUUCCAAAUUUAUAAACAAGCUGUUAGGAAGUUUGCUUUGAAUUUUAAGUUAACCUAGGGUUAAGCUAAUCGACUUUUGAACAACCAGCCCCAGGUGAAUAUAACAAAACUGAAAUUUUCAACAUGGCGGCUAGCCGUUUUGUGAAAGUUUACUGAUAAAGAAAUAAGCGAAAUUAAAAUAAAUUCAGUAUACCAAAUAACACAAAAGACUUGUGCAAAAAUACUAAAACAAUUAUUCACCUCAGGCUCGGUGAUUGUCGGGGAAUAUUCACCUCGACUUCGUCUCGGCGAAUAUUCCCCGAUAAUCACCUCGCCUUCGGCGAAUAAUUGUUAAAUGGACUGGGGUGCCAGAAAACUUACAACCAUGAACUCUUUGCCCAAAGCGGAGUCACACAACUACAGCAGUCGGAAUCACUGCAUGACUUCGAAAUGACCUGGGACGCUGCCUUGAUUGGUUUAUGGUCCCUUAAUCAAGUGCGUCGUGGCGUAUAGUAUGUACAAUCAUUUAGAUAUUCCGUAGUUUUUAUAGCAGUUAUUAUGAGAAACAUUGCAGUUAAAACUAAUGUUAAAAUAUUUUUUGUUACACAUGUAUUAUGUAUCAUAUUGAUAUUUUAUUUAAAAGUUAUUGGUUAAUAAUUUCAGACAAGGAGAAAGCGGACAAAAAGAGGCAAAGAAGACAAACUUCGUGAACCUCCUUCUAGACGAUUAGGUUUUGACUUUGCACUGUCUCACAGAAUUCAGUGUGCCAGUAUAUAUAGACUAGACUUUUUAGUGCAUGUGACAUUAGUCGAUGACCAACGUCUCAGUCGUGAAAACGAGACCGCUGUGUAGCGAAGAUGACGUGCUUUCCGGAAGCGUGCGUUCAAAGCAGGAAAGAAACAAUAAUAGGUUGAGAACUGGUAAACGCCAACACUUAACCACCCCACAGAACAACCUGUGCUCCUAUAGUGUUGCAUGUAAUCAUCCAAAUUCAUUCGAUUGACUAAAAUAUUUAUCUGUACCGGUCUUUUGGGAUGGAUUGGCGAGCAAGAGUGGUCUGCGGAGGGCACUAUGGUAAAAAUAUAACAUGUUAAUAGGUUUUAUGGGUAGAAUCAAAAGAUUGGUUAUGUUGGUCGGCAUGUUUACCAUUAGAAUAGUUUGCAUUGAUCUAGCACUAAACCAGGUUUGAAAAGAUUAAUUAAACCGUAAUGCGCCUGUUUAUUAAGUCUUUUAACAAUUCGCGUGGUGUCGGGUUUUCUUAAAUCAUAGUUAAUGCUUAAAUUCAUUCUUAUGAAAUUUUAUGGAAUUUAAUAAAAGUAUAUUAAAAAAUUACUAAAUUGUUAAUGUUGCUUAUUCUCUUUCUCCUUCAUUGCACAAAAAUAUGGUAGUAUUAUACGGGUGCGCGAAUUUAUAGUAUCUCUAUGGGUUAUAUAGUGCGAAUGGUAUAUCCGAGGAGGCUACUGAAGAUAGUAGCAAUAGAUGGUGGGGGCUAAAUAGAGGAAACGUAUACGAUAAGCCCAAGAAUUUAACGAGUUUUAUUAACGAGAAUUUAUUGUUUCAUACAUGCGCUUGUGCUAAUACCUAUUCGUUAGGAAUAGGGUUAGGGGUUAAUCUACCACGCUGUUUAUGUUAGAUGGGCUAGCUAAUUGGCUAACCAGGCUGGUAAAUAUAUUUCAUGUCUUACAGAGAAGUUAUCUAAAAUAAAGUGGACAGAAAUAAGUUAAUCAAUCUCUUCUUUUGCCGCAAAGGAAAUAUUUCGCGACACGAAUCAGACCGGAUAGCCGAAGCUAAACAGCCCUUCGUGCAUGCGUAGAGUGUUUUAAAUACCACAAAAUAUAUAAUAUAUAUGUUACUACAGAAUUAUUUAGAGUUCCCACUUAAAAUGAGUUCUGGCACCCUAGUCUGUUUUUAACCUGAACAUUAUACAGCACUGAGGAUUAUAUUGUACGAUUAUCACAAUUGUAAUACGUAGCUAGAUUUUACAUUUUGUUAUUAUUUUAUACAGAUGACUAAAUUGUACUUAAUAAAUUAAGAUAAUUUUAUUUACAAAGCGACACAAAUUAUAUUCAAUUGGACAAGUAGCUGUUCGUGUUUAUUCUAAUGUUCAAGCUUGCAUUUUGGUACAUAUAAGCAUAGUUUAUGGUACACAAUACACUUUCCGAAUUGGUUGGCGCUGAAUCUUAUUGGUUAAAAAUUUGGCGAUCGUCUGGCGCUCGACGAAAAGUAGAAGUCAAUCCUACUUUUCGUUAGCCUGCGUCACAGACGCUCGUAGGCGGAAUUAUCACAUUACACAGACUAUGUCGUAGUCUAACUUUUCAUCAAGCGCUAGACGUCGCUCUUCGAACGUUUGUUUUUUCAAUUGCGCAUGUGUCGUCGCGAACUGUUUUGACGUUCGUCUCAAAAAUCGUCUAGUGGAGAUCCGCCUUUAGACUGAUUUAGAAAAC